AUGUACGAACGUGGCACCUAUGACUUCGAGUUCCGCUACCGUGAGGACUGCGCUGCUCACGUGGACCCAUACGACCAUUGGGUAAAAUGUGAGACUUGCCCUCGAUAUUUUCAGACUGAACGUAGCUGCGAGCAGCACAUGGAUGCGCUUGACCACCGGGCACCAGUCUUUGAAUGUGAGACCUGUAUCCGUACCUUCUCUUCGCAGGUUGCUGCCAAUCAGCAUAUGAAUGCCAAGGACCAUUGGAAGCCAACAGUUUCCUGCGAGACGUGUUCCCAAAUGUUCCAUACCGAUGAAGCUGCGAACCAGCAUAUGGAGGCACAGGGACACUACCAGAACUACUGCCCUGGGUGCGAUCGGCGCUUCAUGAACGAGAACUGUCUUCGCCAGCACUUGAACUCGAAGAUUCAUCGGGGCACUGAGAUCGUGUGCCCAUUUUGCAACGCUCACUUUGUCACUGCAAGUGGCGUCACUCAUCACGUCGAAUAUGGUACCUGCCCGAAGGCUGCCCAGUGGAACCGAGAGACAAUUCACCACAUGCUCCAACGCCUCGACCCUAACGGGCUUGUCACAAAUAAGCAGAUUGGAUGGCGCGAUGACCAGAACGUACACUACUAUGCCACGAAUCUCGCCUUUGAUGGUACAAGCUGGGUGUGCUACCUGUGCCAAAGGGGUUUCAACUCGAUGACCGGUCUGAACUCGCAUCUCAACUCGCCAUUCCACAAGGAGAAGCUCUACCAUUGCCUCAAUUGGCGUGGUGGGUGCGAUAAAGAGUUUGUCUCUCUCGGUGCUUUGUUCAAUCACUUGGAGAGUGAGUCGUGUGGAUACAUCCGGUUCGGGGACGUCCAAAGAGUCCAUCGACGACUGAACGACGCUAUUCUUAACCGCAAGGUGAUCACUUCGCUCUGA